ACUUCACCACCUUCACCUUCACCAGCCACUUGUAAAAAAAAAAUGACCCUGCCUCUUGAUACCUUUCGCGACAAACUAGAGACACUGGACACAGAAACGAUAAAGAAGAGACUAAGCGUUUCCCACUUUAGCGUGAAUGCAAUCAUUCGUGGGGCACAGCUCACAUUCGUAGGAGCACACCGAGCUCUACAGAACCCGAAUCUCUUCACUAGUGAGCACUACAAACAAGCUGUCAUUGCUGUAAUUGUAGGCAUUGUAAUCAAGAUUCUCGUCGAGUUACCGAUCAUUUUUGUCAGGAUUUCAAUAUGGGCCAUCUCUCUAUUUUGGGACCUUGAGUCUGUGACUUGGGACAACACACUGCUUGAUGGCCUAGGCUUUGUUUCAGAAUACGUCCUUCAAGUCCCGCUCUUCCUAAUGACGUUGAUGAGAUAUGUGGUACCAACUUUGGACAACCUCUUCAUGCAAUCUCUGCAGUGGGUAGACCAAACAUAUUUACAAAAGCACAAGCUUGACGAUCAGAACGCCCUCCGUGCGUUAUAUUACCCGAACUUGUCAAUGUACAGCAAAUCCCGGCACCAGCAGGGUUCGGCAUCCGCAAGUCAACCUUCGAUGGGCUCUUUUCUGUCUCGUUUCGGCAAACGCGCUACCACGUCCAUUGUCAUAUAUGGCCUAUCAUUUAUCCCGAUUCUCGGUCGCCUCGUCUUGCCAGCUGCUGGCUUCUGGACCUUCAAAAAGGCCGCCGGUUACGGUCCAGCAAUAUUGGUCUUCGCCGUCAGUCUCGUUGUACCCAAAAGAUAUCUCAUCAUCACUCUGCAAACAUACUUCUCAUCUAGGAGUUUGAUGCAUGAGCUCUUAGUGCCCUAUCUAUCACGUGUGGGUUUUACAACUAAGGAAAAGAAACAUUGGUUCCGAAGUCGAGAAGGCGUUCUCCUGGGUUUCGGCUUGGGUUAUUAUUUUCUUACUAAAAUACCUCUGGUAGGAGUGCUCAUUUAUGGUGUUGCUGAGGCGUCUACUGCAUACCUGGUCACCAAAAUCAGCGACCCUCCCCCUCCACCGGAGAUGGCAGCAGCAUUCGCCGCUAGCCAACAAGUUUGGCAUAACGAACAUCAGUUCCUCAGUUUACCUUUGAGCAAACUAGAUUCCCUACAGUCCAGAAGGUUGGUUGAAAUUUUGAAAUGAUGAUUCAUAGCAAAUAAAGUACACUAAGCAUCAUCUUCAAUCUCGCUUAAUGAUGUGUGGCCGGUUUCGUCAGCAUGUUUUUGGCCCUCCCGUUGCCCAGCUCCUAUCCAGUUACAGCCUGGGAUAUUACACUUAAGAACAAGACUUUGAAAAUCUGUAUAGUAAUGAGUCUGAUGCAGUAUCUCAACCAAACUGCUAGCCUUGUUGAGAACAUCGGCAUCAUCUGCGGGCCACAGGGCCCGAUCUAGUUCAGGUGGCAAAUUUGCGUACUUAUGAGGAUAGUCAGAGUAACUGAAUGCAAUCCUGUCGUAAUGGAUACCCGAAUACACUAAUAUACAUCGUUGAGAAUUGUUUUCGCCGAAAAUAAUAUUGUUCUUUGUCUGUAGAAUGGUUGAGCAAAACAUAAACAUCACUAUGUUCAAGAGUCUCACCUGAACAUCAAAGGUGCAGAUUUGGAGAUUAAAUAUCGUCGACAGAAUACUUAACUCUAUUCCCCCUCCCCAGGCAUCCGGGUUUAGAAUUCGCUCACAGUAUCUGCUAGGUGGGUUCCCUAGAACAGCGUCGGUGUAAAUGUCUGGGUUCGACUGAAUAUAGUCCGCCAUCAUUUGCCUGAGUCGUUGAGGCGGAAUUUGUUCUGGUAAAGCACCACCAAAUGCAGUAAAGAGACAACUAUUGUCACUGGGCAUUACUCUCAAGACUAGACUUUGUCAGCAUGACCCAUUACAUCUACCAGCUGUGACAUCCUCACCAAGAGUCCCUUCACGCUCUGGCCAAGCUAUACAGCUUUCUCCUGUUUCGCUGGAGCUGCCUCCUGUGGUCUGAGCUCUCCUCAUAGGACGAUGACCAGUAGUAUCCUCUUCGGUAUUUCUGGUCUUCUCGACUGAAACAAUUGUCAGUGUCUCUCCAUUGAGCUUGAAGCUUUCAACUAGUUGAUCCUUCUGCUUCUUUUCAAUACUUUUCAUGGCAGUAGGUAGUCCGUAUUUAAUAAUAAAAUCGUCAUUGCCAACCAGUGGCUUCAGCUUCUCAAAAAGGAACCCAAUCGUGCUCCCAUCAGGAACUUGAAGUAUGCCGCUGACCUGUUCAUUUUUAUAUUUAACUCUCAUCUAUAACAUGUCAGCAAGCCAUAAACGGUACAUUAAAAUAUGUACUACAGCUAAAGCA